AUGAGCAUCUCGGUGAACGGUCAAUCGUGCGUGCCGCCGGGGUUCCGUUUCCACCCAACGGAGGAAGAGCUCCUCAACUAUUACCUCCGCAAGAAGGUCGCCUCCGAGGAGAUCGACCUCGACGUGAUCCGCGACGUUGAUCUCAACAAGCUCGAGCCAUGGGAUAUCCAAGAGAAAUGUAAGAUCGGCUCGGGUCCUCAGAACGACUGGUACUUCUUCAGCCACAAGGACAAGAAGUACCCGACGGGAACGCGGACGAACCGGGCGACGGCGGCCGGGUUCUGGAAGGCCACCGGCCGCGACAAGGCUAUUUACAACGCCGUCAAACGCAUCGGCAUGCGCAAGACGCUCGUUUUCUACAAGGGCCGCGCUCCCCAUGGCCAGAAGUCCGACUGGAUCAUGCACGAGUACCGCCUCGACGAUCCUUCUUCCACAACGGACGCCGCCCCCACCGCCACCAUGCCUUUGUCUUUGGAUGCCGCCGUGCGUCAUGCUCAGGUUGUCAGUGCCGCCACAUCGUCGGACGCCGGCCAGGAGGACGGCUGGGUGGUGUGCAGAGUGUUCAAGAAGAAGCACCACCACAAGGAUGCGGGGGCCGGAAACGGCAAGCGCGGCGGCGGGGGACGAGAUGAUGGGGGCAAGGCGGCACGCUCCUCCUCGCCGCUCUACUCCAGCGACGAUGCACUUGACCAGAUCCUGCACUACAUGGGUCGCUCGUGCAAGCAGGAGCACGAGCUUUCGUCGCCGCGCCCGAGAACGGCCACGUCGCGGUAUCUGCGGCCCCUCGAGACGGUUCUCGGUGGCCACGGUUUCAUGAAGCUGCCACCGCUGGAGAGCCCCUCGGCGGCGGCCACGGCGCGGAAUUCGACUACGACGCCGCUCGCGCCGAAAGGAGACGGAAAUGUCGAGCGCGAGGUGGCGCACGCCGAGGACCUGCACCAACCCCACCGCGAUGGCGGGAUCACGGACUGGGCUAUGAUGGACCGGCUCGUCGCGUCCCACCUCAAUGGCCAGCACGACGCGUCCACAGACCAGCUCUGCUUCGACGGCACCGCCGGCCAUGCAGGCGGCAACGACGCCCUCGACGACACGGCCGUCAACGGGCUUGCCUUCUACUCCGCCGCGGCCACGAGGCUUCUCGGAGGGGCCGCCGCCGGUAGCAGCGACGACGACCUGUGGAGCUUCGCCCGAUCUGCGGCGUCGUCGGAGCGGCUGAGCCAUGUGUCACCGUAA